AUGGCUCACCCUUUUGGUCAACAAUCAGAGACUGGGCAGCGUAGGAGCACCAGGAUUCGUGACAAAGGGGCUCCUCAAGCCCCUAAACCCACCCCAGCCUCAGGCAGCCAGAAGAAGGCCCAGGAUUCGACCUUGGCUAGUGGCUCUAAGCGACAAAACACUAAGAAGACCUCUGCAGCUGCUAAGACUGGGACUGGGACUGUGGCUGAAGGUGAUAAUGAUAAUGACCCGGUACCGGGCCCCUCCAUUGCCCCUCCAGGUCGAACUCGCAAACGGGCUGCAAGCCCAGAACCAAAAGUCCCUACUGCACCUUCCUCUACAGUCCAGGCAGCUAAAGCAGGAAGAAAGAGGGGAAAACAAGAUGAUUCCAAAGGGAAGGGUGCUACUCAGCAAACACACUUUGCUGAGGGAGUCACUGCAAUUUCUGACUCCAUGUCUGAAUCAGCAAAGUCCAAAUCAACUCUUCAAAUUUCGGAUACUGCUCCAAGUGCAGUGGACACUGAAAGCAGAGAUGAUGCAACUGGUGACUUUGAAGAGUUCGAUAUCCCCAGCAGUGAUGAGGAUGUUGAUGAAGACAGAAACAAACAGGACAAAGAUAACAAAGAACAAGAUACUAUUCAGCUUUUGAGUGGAUUGAAAGUUACAAUCCAAUUCAUUGGUCCUGGGUCAUCUCCAUGGAACAAUGUAAUUUCCCCCUGUAGCCAUGCCGCUUGGCCAUCCACUCAGGUUGAAGUGGAUGGAUGGAGUGUCUUGAUGCAGGAUAUUCUUUCCACUGCCCAGGAGUAUCUAGGUACUGAUCGGAUUACAAAUGAAUCUCAUAUCUCAUACCUGGAUGGCGAAGACACUAUUCAACUUGAAAAACUUGGCCCCUCUAUUCCUCACCCCAAUCCAAUGAAUCCCACUAUCCCAUAUACACCACCUACUGAACCAGCCCCUUCUGCCACAAUUGGAAAGGCUUCCCUUGGGGAACUCAGUAACCUCUGGAAGGUGCGGCAAACCAUGGAGAAGCAGGCCCAAUUCAAUGCUUUGAAGGACUCUCACUGUACAACAGCUCGCAGCAUUUAUGAGAUGCUAGCAAUUGUGAAGGAGUUCACUCAAUCUGUUCCAAUUAUCCCUGCUUCCUUUCCUGGACAUGGAAAGGCUGUCCCCCUCUGA